GGUCGCCGUGCAGCUACAUUGACGUCAGAGCCGGAUAUCCUGUAAAGUGCACGUGCCGACAGCACACCGGGUUUCCUCUUACCGAUGGACACAACUGAAAAGUACCAGCUCUUUGGGGGAGCUUUCUCUGCCGUCAUGCCCCCUACAAUCCAGGAUGUCAGUGACAUGCGCGAGAUCCCUGAUAAUCAGGAAGUCUUUGUCCAUACCUCUACUGAUCAGAGCAUCAUCGUGGAGCUGCUUGAAUACCAGGAGGGGAUGACUGACUCAGAAGCCGCACGUUACCACUUUGAAGAUGUGGCAUCCAGCAAUAGUGCUGAGGGGCGAUCGGAGAUCUUGAGUGUUGAGCCAUUCCCCAUGGCACAGCUAUCUCUUACCAACUGUGCCAGCGCAUGGCUUCUGACCGGUCUCCAGCAAGUGUCCAAGUUCAAUGAACAGGCUCUAAACACUGUCAAUAUUCAUCUAUUUUUGUGCCGGCUUCCACAAUAUUCAACAGACCUUCUGGUGACCUUUAAUGAUCCUGUUGUCAUUGAUCCAUUCAGCAGUAGCGCAGUGGGAGGAGCCGCUGAAACCCUUCCUCGUUGGACUUGUGAAGAUUUAAACCAUUUAGUAUGCAGUUUGCAGCUCCAUGACCCUGGCAUCUUCGGCUGAUUGUGAAGAGCUAUAACUCAAUCAGAAGUCCCAGUAAUACCGGAACAAUCAUGGGACUUAUCUGGAGACACUAAAUAAGGAGUUUGUGAUGUAAGGAGGACCGUAUAUGGAGGGAUGACCAUAAGAUGGAUCCCUAGCUGUUGUAUUUCUUCAAUGCUUUUCCAGUCUUUAGGUAGAUAUAGUUCUACAAUAGCUGGGCAUUGCCAUUCAGCCAGCCCUGGUAUAAUGGCAUGGGUAAAAUGGACCUAGGCAUGAUGUGACAAUUUUGGGUCUCUUCCCCAACACAUAAUGAGAGACGAUAAUAGUUUUACACAUUACUAACUAAAAGUCUUGUGACUAUUGAGCAGGUUUUAUACAUUCCUACAAAAAUGAAAUAAAGGAUUUCUAGCUAACUGACA